AUGGCGAGGCUGGAACAUGGCCUGGAACUUUCAGGAAACCAGCAUGGCUGCAUUGUCACUGUCUUACCUAUAACACUGAAGAGUAAUGGGUGGAACAGAGAAGAACUGAGGUGGGGUGUCUUACUCACAAGAAAUUUUCAUGACAAUAACUUGCUAGACAGCAUCAUAUGGUCCUGGGGCAACCUAUGUCUCCUUUCAAAUCCCACCAGCAGACCCCUCACCACCACUCAUCAGAACUUUAUCAGAUUUUCUCUCGCACUCUUGAAUCUAUAUAUCCAUGUGUAUCAACCUAAAUCCAACCCAAAUCCUAAACUAAUCAGAUCCUCUACUUGCAAAAUUCUUCGUCGAUCAAAGUUGCAAGUAGCUAAAGAUAUUCCAAGAGGUUAUUUAGCAGUAUAUGUUGGAGAAAACCAAAAGAAGAGAUUCAUAGUUCCUAUAUCAAUGUUGGAUGAGCCUUCUUUUCAAGAAUUGCUAAGAAGAGCUGAAGAAGAAUUCGGGUUCAAUCAUCCAAUGGGUGGUCUUACAAUUCCUUGCAGAGAAGAUACCUUUCUUGAUAUUACUUCGCGUUUGAACUGAUCUUGACUUCUAUGUAAAUCAUCAAAGAAAAUUUUGUAGAUUCUACACAUUUUGUUUUCCCCUUCUCUUUUACACUUUGGAUGGAGCAGUUUUAUCUGCGAAAGAAUUGUAAAGUUUUUUUAUACUCAAGUUCUUCCCAAUGAGAUCCAAAGAAAAUUAUUUCA